AUGGGUGCCGAGAACUCGAAACCCUCGUCUGAGGUCAAGCAGCAUGUCUUCUCCCCAGAUCACCCCGUCAGCUUCUCCAAUGAGCUGGUCGGCUCGCUGCAGAAGAAUCCUUUCACAGACUCGGCACGGUCAAGACAAUUGGAACUUCAGUACCAGGAACGUCUGACAGCUGAACUCGAAAAACUGCGCGCCCAAGAGAUUCAGAACUUCAACAAGAUCAGCGAAACCUUGUCGGACGAGAUCCAGCAACCCAGCGAGCCCUCGCUUGUCGAGAAGAUUCAAGAUGCCACAUCCAGCAGCUCCACGCUCGCUGAAAAGCAGAGGCAAAAGGACAUGAGCAGGGACAGCGUCACCAAGGAGAUUGAGCGCCUCAAGGCCAAGCUCGAGCAGAGAAAGAAGCUGGAGCAGGCUGACGCCGACGUGACAAAGGCAAAGGAGGCCGUGGUCGCGUGCCUGAGGACCCACGACCGCCGCCCGCUGGACUGCUGGAAGGAGGUGGAGGCUUUCAAGCACGAGGUCGGCCGGCUGGAGAAGGAGUUCGUGCACAAGACAAUCUCAUGA